AUGAAAGGAAGGAAAAAAAGAAAGUCCGCAAUUUAUACAGACACCCCAGAGAAAAUAGAAAUAGAGAAAGAAGUUGAGGAAAGAGAAAAAAAGCGAGUAAAAAGAAACUUAGGCAGUCAGGGAAAUAGACCAAAUAAUAAAGUUCCUAGAAAGAAAAAAACUGGAUCGGCAGAAAGCAGUGAAGACGAAAAUGAAUAUUUUUGCCUAGUUUGCGUCGAACCUUAUGGGAAUAGCAGAAAGGGCGAGACAUGGAUCCAGUGCACACAGUGCAAGAUGUGGUCACACGAAGAGUGUGUAGCACAAAACUUGUUCUAUGUUUGUCACAAUUGUGAGUCAGAGUAA